UGGUGGGCAAAGUACACACACGUGCAGUUUCACGCAUCGUGCGCCAAGUGUUUGCGUGCGUGCGAUAGAAGGCAAAAUAGCUAACAUGCAACUUACAAAGAAACACCAUAAAGGCAAAACGACGAAAGAGGUAGUUGCCACCGCACAGGACAUCAAAUAUGCUCGUUUCUUAGCGGGUAAUGAUAAAGUGAUUCGCGAUAAAGCUAUUAAGAGUUUAAAGAAGUGGUUUGAGCAACGAUGCAGGUCCCAGAUUCCAUUCAGUGAUUCAGACUUGAUGUUAGUAUGGAAGGGGUUGUUCUAUUCCAUGUGGAUGUCAGAUAAACCACUCAUACAGGAAGAAUGUGCUGACAGGAUUGCAUCUCUAAUUCACAGCCUUGACACAUCAACAGGCUUUUUAUUCUUCAAAGCAGGAAUGAAAACACUUGCUAAUGAAUGGUUUGGAAUUGAUCAAUGGAGAAGUGAUAAAUUUCAAAUGUUCGUGCGUCGUCUGCUUCGUCAAGCAUUUGUUCUUUUGAGAAACAAUAACUUUGAAUUAAAGUUGAUCAAACUCUUUGCGUCUUCGCUUGACGAGUCGAUCUUAAAUUCGGAAAGAAGCGUGCCGUUAAGCCUAAUGAUGCAUUUCUGUGAUAUCUAUAUGCCAGAGUUGGCCAAGAUGAGUGAGGGCCAACUCAAUCCCAACAUUAUGAACGAAUUUCUUCAACCAUUUGUGAAGGCACUUUCUAACUGCAAUGAUAUACGGAUAGUAAAUGCAAUCAGUGAUGGCGUAUUUCGGUAUUUGAUGAAGCAAUCAAAUGCUGCAAUGGAACAUGAAGAAAAAUUUGAAGCGUGGAAGAAGCUCGGAUUUCCCGGCGGAAAUAUUGAUGCUAUGCAGAGGGCAGGCAGUGAUGAAGAGGAUGCCGAUAGCAAUAUGGAAAGUAAUGACGACGAUGAUAAUGAUGACGAAGACGAUUCUGGUAAGGACGAAGAUGACCAUGAUGAUGAAUCGGAAGAAGAGGAAUUAACUGGUUUGGAUCCGCGUGCUGGACGUGUCAAUGUUGUUCUUCCUCAAUUGAGUUUCAGUUGUAAAAAUAUCAAUUCAUUAAUGAAUGAGUACAAGUUCAAAGCUUCAAAUACUAAGGCAAGAUCAGCUAUUAAAAAGCUUAUUCAUGAAUUCUCUAUGCUCUCGGGUGGUGAAUACCCUCUUGGAAUUAAAAAAGUUGAUCUAUAUGAAGACGAUGGUUCCACAAACAUCAAGAAAAUGGCUAAUAAGCUAGUUAAAUUUGAAAAUCAACUUUAUGGACGCAAUAAAGCGAAAAAAGCAAAGAAGAGAAAUAUUACAGAUUGUGAUGGUGAUGAUGAUGAUCUUGGAGAUCAAGAAGUUCCAGUUAUGAAGAAACCUAAAUUAGACAAACAAUCAAUCAAUCAAACACUACAAGUGAAAAAGCAAAAGAAAAAUGAGAAAAUUAAAAAAUCAACAUUGACUGAAAAAGUCUCGAAAAAAAGUUUAAACGGAAUUGGUACACAAACAACUGACUCCAAACAAUCAUUUAAAUCUUCUGGUAUUAGAGGUGCACUAGAUGGAUCAUCAAAGCUACAAGAGGCAAAAAUGAAGUUGAAAGUAGCAAUGAGAGAAAGAAAACUACUUAAGCAGAGCAUUAAGCAGAAAAAAGCUGCAAUAAAACGCUCGGAGUCUCACGAAGCUCAUCAGAAGCAAUUAGAAUCAGAUGACUUGUUUGUUAGGAAUUCAGGAACUUGGUUUGUGACCGAACCUGAGAGUGAGAGUGAUUAUGAACUGGACUCGCCGCAAAAAACAAACGGUAUGAUGACGAAUGGUACAAGUCCUAAAAAUACUGAAGUUUCUCCCAAACGAAGAAAUUCUUUUGUUGAAUCAAGUCCCAAAAAGUCCCCGAAAUCUCCUAAACCAGAAACUGCCAUUUCAACGCAAUCAAGUACAAAACAAAAAAUGACUUCAACUCCAUUGAAAAUUUCCCCACCAACAACAAAUAAACUAUUUGCGGCAUCUGAUUGGGAUACUGAUUUACAAGAUGGUGAAGUGGAGCUUUUCGUUCCUAGUAAGAAAUAUAUUGCGAAGAGGAAGUCUAUGGGUGCUCCAGCCGAUUUAGUUGAUAAGUCGUUUUCGAUUAUCAAGGGAAAGGACAGGAGGAAAUCGGCGGAUGCCCAAAUAAUGCUAAGAAAUUCAUCUGUAAAUACUCCGAAGAGUAACAAGAAGGUGAAAAUUGAUUUGCGUCUGAAUCAAUCACAAGAAGUACAUGAACAUCAUGCACAGAUUAAGUCUUCACCUGGUAUUCCCUUUGAUGCCAGCAAGAAGCCGACGAAGCCCGUGAUCAAGGCGAACGCGAUGCCGAGUCCGAUAAAUCCAUUUUACAAUCGAAGGCGGAUGGGACUGCAGUUUUAAUUUAAUUUCUGUAAUGUAAUCAGCUGUGUUACGUUGAUUACAUUUAUCACGGAGCAUGGUGAGUGGUUGAAGAAAAUGUACAACUCACUCGUGAAUUGAAAUGUUUCCAAUUAUUAUGAGUCUUGCGAGUUUCCUGUCAUAUUUGAAUGAUUGUGACUUUGUUACAUUUAAAAUUUUAAAUGUUAUUUGAUGCUAAUAAUGUCUUGAAUAUAAUUGAUUAAAUUGAAAAAACAGUUUAACUGGUAUUUGUGGGUUUACAAUCGUCGAAUAUCUUAUAUCUUAAUUAGAUUUUGUUUAUUGGUAAAUUACAUUUCUAAAUAUCUUUGAUCUUUAUGACUAGUGCACAUUUAUAGAGAUAUAUUAGUUUUGAUAAAUAACAAUAAUACAAUAGUUCAUAAAUUA